AUGCGAGAGUUGGCCUCCCUCACCUUCCUCCCACCCCACAUUGACGCCAUCCACGCCAAACCUGAGGUCUUGGACGUCCCAACGCCCGCCAUCGACUCACUGCAGGACCUAUUCCGACGACUAAACACUCCCCAAUCAAUGGGGGGGGCACUCCAUUCGCCCAGCUGA